GGAGGGGGCAGGGUUCCUUCUUCUGCAGUCCAAGAAGGGUGCACGUAGGCAACUUUACCUUCAUUGGCCAAUUUUUUAAAAAGUGAUUAUUCCAGGCACCAAAUAGAAACUGCUCAGUGAAUUUUAUAAGAGAGAACGUUGCAUGUAAACUCUUAGGUAAGAAGAAGAGGAAUGGUGGUUAUAGAUCCUACGGAGGUGGUGGACCUUGAGAUAGGGCUUGAUGGAAAAAUAGGGGAUGUCUAGUCAGAAACGUGGGCUAAAGCAUUCCAGACAGGAAGACAGGGUUCUCUGCCUUCCUCUCCCAUCAAAGUAAUGUCGGUCAAAUCUGACCCAUCAGCCCACUUUAUUUAAUGGGGCACGGAAAAUAGUUGGUUCUUAAUGAACGUUGCAAACCCAAGUUGACUCCUUGCCCUUUCAGAGCCGUAGAAGUUGUUCUAAUCAACUUCCCUGUUAAAAGGGCUGAGUUCCAGCUCCAGCACCUCCUUCACCCUCUCUCCACAGAUGCCUGGUGCCAUGAAAAUCUCUCUCCUAAUUAUUGCCGGCUGCAUUCUUCUUGCUCAGAUUUUCUCAGCCAGGGGCGGAAAUCAAAGGCUCGUUCGCUGUCAGAAGCUGGACGGUCGCUGCGAAACGGAAUGCCUUUCCUUCGAAGAAAAGAUCGGGGGCUGUCGAUAUGACAUGACACCACUCUGCUGCAAAAAGAGAGAGAGAAAUUAA